GUGUGCGAGUGAACGGACGUAUACGCGCCCGCUCUCCGCUCCCCCCCUCCCUCUCGCACGGAGCUAUAACUCUUUCGUGUAUUCUCGACGCGACAUAUUCCAGUCGAACUUAUCAGCUGACAGUAUUUCUCCGAUGUAGGGUAUUUGGAAAAUAUUAUGGACCCUUGAAAAAAACAAAAAAACUUUAUACAUCGACGAUACUGCGUAAAGGAGAUUUUUUUUGGGGACUUUGAAAAUUCCCUAAAGAGAAAAGCAACUUCUAAAGAGUUUAAGAAAACGAACGAGUUUGUAGAGAGCGUGAAACAAAACACCGAAGUGAAAGCUGAUCAGGAUAAACGUUUUCACGAAACGAAUUCCACAACGGAAACGGUGAUUAGAAAAUAAAUAAUGAACGUUUUUUUAAUAUGAAAUAGUAUUAUGAAAUUAUAUAAGUUCAUAAUCUUUCAGGGAAUAAACGUGAAUUACCUGAUAAUGAAACUCGGCCCCUGAAACGCUCCAGAAAGAAAAGACGUCUGUGCGCGGUAUGUUACGCUAACGAAGCCGCUUGCGAAUUCCAUUUUUAACUUGAAAACCCGAGAAUAAAUAAAUUGGAAAAAGAAACAUUAUUAAAAGUGUAUAUGUGUGACGUCGAAAACAAUCAAGGAAAUUAUAGUUUUACAAAUAUUUCUUGCAAGUGGAAAUAUUUAAAUUUAACUUGCGUCGCGCCCGCCAGCCGUCAGCGACAAUAAAUACGCAGCGAGCACACUGUUAUUGCAAAUUUCGAAGACAGGAGGACCUUGGAUUAAACGCUAGCAUGCCUUGCUCGGCAGGCUGCGGGCGGCUGUGGGCGUUCGAGCAUCAGCUUCAGGCAGUGUAAUCAACUGCCGCCCGUGACAGUACUGGCCGGCCGCUGCGUCUGCCGCCCACCAUCGAUCACCGCCCCGCAGCACACGCGCUGCACGCCCGCCCUGUUUGCCACGUGCUCCCCAUACCUGCGCGCCCGCCCACCACGUGUAGCUGAUACAUGUGGUAACUUAGUGACGACGGCCAGGCGUGGGGCGCGGGCGGGGCAGGGGGUCGGCCCGGCGAUAUUAGUCGAGGCUCAUCAUGAAGAUCAGGCCACCCUGCUGACGAGGCGGCGUGAGCAGACACCCGCACCAGCCAUGGUCUCCAUCAGCGCCCACGUGCCCGGGCGUGCCUUUGUGCUCAUGGCCUUUCUGGUACUCCUGGGCGGCGUCGGCGGGCGGCCACCCGAGUGUGAGUGGAAGUUAGAGAACGAGGGCGUGACGGCAGGCGGUAGUGAGCAAGUGCGGACCACAUGCCAUGUGCGGACUCUCAGUGCUGCCCUGUUGACGGAGGGCAACGGCAAUGGGUCCCUCUCUGCUCUCAGCCAUUCCACACACGUCACCGUCCUGUCUCUGCACUGCUCGCGGCGUGUGGUGUUUGAAUCUGAAAUUACUGCAGGAAUGUUUGCUGUGUUCCCCCGCCUGGAGGAUCUACAGAUCUUGGGAUGCAAAGUGAUAGAUCUCCCACCAAGAUCCCUGGCUGGCUUGCCGCACCUGAGACGCUUAACACUGCGGGCUCACCACCAGGACUGGCCAGGAGCUGCCCUGGCUCUCCAUGAGGAGGCUCUGGCAGAUCUAAAUCGCUUGGAGAGCUUAGACCUUUCAUACAAUGCCCUGUGGUCUCUGCCCCCUUCCAUGCUAUGUGGUCUACCCUCCCUUUCAGCACUAAAUCUCACCCACAACCGUCUGCACCAUCUACCAGAUCUCGGCCUAGGAGGUAGCUGUUCGCAGAGCACUGACUUAGACAGAGAGAGUGAACGAUCUCUCCCUCUACACCACCUGGAUCUGACAUAUAACCAGGUUGCAGAGGUGCCAAAGAAAGCCUUCCACAGUGCCCGUGACCUCCAGUCUCUCUCCCUCAAGCACAACCGUCUGGCACAUCUUGCUGACUAUGCAUUUGGUGGCCUACAGACACUCAGGCUCCUUGAUCUGUCUCAUAACCGUCUUGUGGCAGUUCCACGCACUGCGCUGUCUGAUCUACAUCAACUACGGGAAUUACGGCUAGCCAACAACUCCCUCAGUGUUCUCUCACCUGCCGCUUUCAGCAGUUUGGGCCAGUUACUCACACUCGAUCUUUCCCACAAUCAGCUAAGUCUUGGAGCCAGCAAUGCAGAGCCCUUCACAGGUUUGAUACGUUUGGUUGUAUUAGAUGUUUCCCACAACCGUCUUGUUCACCUGGGGCCUGACACCUUCCAUGACCUCUAUUCCCUCCAGGUCCUACGUUUAGCACACAACCAGCUAUCCCAUUUAGCAGAUGCAACAUUUGCAAGCCUUGCUAACCUUCACACACUUGAUCUGAGUCACAACCAACUUGGUACACUAUCAGGCAAAGCAUUACAAGGAUUGUCAGUGCUAACUCAUCUGUCUAUUGACUACAAUCAGUUAGAAGUUGUUCAUGAGGCUUCACUUGAUAAUUGUUCCUCUUUGCAUCAACUCAGUAUGGCACACAACCAGUUGCAAAUGUUACCUGAAGCAGUGAAACGAGCACCUCGUCUUCGAACUCUUGACUUCAGCCACAACCAGAUUCCUUCCUUGGAAGAAGGUGUCUUACAUGGACUUACACAUCUGCAGGAACUUCGACUGUCAGACAAUGCCCUGAGCAACAUCUCUCGCACAGCCUUCACAGAGGUCUCGUCUCUCAUCCUGCUAGAUCUCUCCAACAACUCCAUAUCUGAAAUAGAAUAUGGAGCAUUUGAUGCAACCCCGAAGCUCAAAGGACUUGACCUUCACCACAAUCUAUUAGGUGAUGUUAAUGGCCUUGCUAUCCAUCUAGAGAAUCUAGUUUGGCUAAAUGUGUCUUUUAACACCAUAACAUGGUUUGAUUAUGCCCUUGUCCAUAAGAAUCUUGAAUGGAUAGAUUUAAGCAACAAUAUGAUCAGCAAACUAGAAAACUUCUAUCAAGUACAGAAAUCCAUAGGUCUGCAGAUGGUCUAUGCUUCCUACAAUAAUAUUACUGAAAUCAGUGCAACUAUUAUUCCAGAUGGAAUUAAAGAACUUCAUUUGCAUCAUAAUUCUAUCUCCUAUGUUGCUUCCAACACUUUUCUGGACAAGAUGAGCAUUUCACUGAUUGAUCUGAGGUACAAUAGCCUCACCUUGCUGGAAGAAGCUGCACUAAGGCUAUCACCUCGUCAGUCUCCCGCGCCUCUUUUGCUCUUAUCCCAUAAUCCUCUUGAAUGUGACUGUGGUGCAGAUUGGUUACUAAGAGCAGCUGGAGCAGGCCUCUCAGGACCCAUGACCGGAGGAUCCAUAUUACCACACUUAGGAGAUGUAGGCUCAGUACAAUGCCGACUUCCAGGACUCUGGCAUGGGGCCAUGGUACCACUUAUAGUAGUACAACCACAACAAUUCCUGUGCACUUAUCGUCGCCACUGCUUCACUCUCUGCCAUUGUUGUGAUUUUGAUGCUUGUGACUGUGAACAAACUUGCCCUAGAAAUUGCACCUGCUACCACGAUCACACAUGGACACAUAAUGUUGUGGAUUGUGGAGGUGGAUGGGGAUCAAUGCCAUCUGGUGUGCCUAUGGAUGUAACUGAAGCAUUUAUGGAUGGAAAUAAGAUGGGAAUUCUUACCUCACAUGCAUUAAUAGGACGUAAGAAUUUGCGUGUUCUCUAUCUUAAUCACUCUGACAUUACAGAUAUUCAGAAUCGAACUUUCAAUGGCCUUAAAAAUUUGCAAGUUUUGAGACUUGACCACAAUAAGAUUGAAGCAUUACAUGGCUUUGAGUUUGUUGACUUGCAUGGAUUACGUGAGCUAUAUCUUAACAAUAAUCAUCUAAGACAUCUCAGUAAUGUUUCAUUUUCUUCAUUACGUGCUAUAGAAUUACUGCGAUUAGACAAUAACAACAUUGUAACCUUUCCUGUAUGGAACUUAGCCUUGAACCCAUUCCUCUUGGAGGUCAGCUUGUAUCAUAAUCCCUGGAGCUGUGAAUGCAGUUACUUGGCUAACUUGAGAGCCUGGCUCGAGGCAAACCGUAUAAAAGCAACUAACGCAAGUCUUGUGAGAUGUCGACACAAUAGCACAGGUAUGAUGGGUCCACCAGUUCUCUCAGACACACCACUCAGAUGUGAUCAUUAUGUUGCCACAACGCGGAUCAAUAGUCUUAUCAUUCAUGACUAUGUUAUGUUAUUACUCAUUACAGCAGCUCUAGUGCUACUAUUGGUUGCUGCAGCUGUGACAGUGGUGGCUUAUAGACGACGAUUAAAGCUAUGGGCUGUAAGUCGCUAUGGAAAACGUCUCUUUGAAAAAUCUUCAGCAUAUGUAGAAGAGAGAGAAAAACUCUUUGAUGCCUUUGUUUGUCACAGUGCCAAAGACUCGACAUGGGUAUGUGGCCUAAUGGCUCCAGAGCUAGAAGCCUCAGGGUACAGGCUUUGUGUUGCUCACCGUGACUGCACAGCACCUUCAGCACCUGUAGCAGGUCGUGCAAUUGCUGAGAGUAUCACAUGCAGUCGCCGGAUUAUCUUAGUGUUGUCUCGUGGAUUAGUUGAUGCAGAAUGGUGCCGCUAUGACUUCAAGAGUGCUACUGUUGAUGCUCUACGUGGUGUCAAACAUCGACAUGUAGUGGUGGUCAUGCUAGAAGAUGUGCCAAGAUCUGAAAUGGAUCCAGAACUGGCAGCCAUCACUCGCACAGCUGGGACAACACUCCAUCCUCGGGAUCCACGAUUCUGGGAGAAGCUUCGACGGGCGAUGCCUUCAUUACGACCACGCUUACGACAAGGGCUCACAGGUACUAUUGGUGGAAAGGCAUCCAGUCGGCCUUUAGUGUCAGCAGAACAUCAGAAUGGCCCGUCUUGGCCCCUGCCUGAAACGAAGACCUUAGGACACACCUCAGCAAAGUCUCUCAUCAUCAAUCCAUACUGGGAGACAGCUGUGGGGUCCAAUGUGAGUGAAGCUGCAUGGUGCUCCAGGAAUGGUCCUGACCUCGGUGCACCUCCAUGGGUUAGCAGCCCAUCUAAACAAGCUCCGUCCACCUCACCCGAGAAUGAGGCGAGGCUGGUAGGGUCCCCUAUAGGUUCUACAGCCGAAGGCCAAGACCACACUUAUAUGAGCGUUAGUGAGUGUGGGGAAGUCAGAGCUUCACUGCUCCCGAACAACACUCAUGCAUCCACAUUAGGAGCAAAGCCCUCCCCUUGUGAUGUACCCUCAGGGGUAGAUAGAGGAUCAACAGGAGAAAAGGCCGAGGGGAGUGGUCGGCCUUCCGCGCCUCCCUUGUUUCGCCGAGACGCCCCAGACUACCUCACCCGCAGUUGGAUCUUCCACCCACCUCCCAAUGAGCAACCUCCACCCCCAGGCCAGACUUACUUCGUAUAGGGUGACAUGCUCGAACCCAAACCAUCCUAUCUGCACGCCUACGCACUCUUUCAUUCGUCCCUCUCUACUGAGUGUUGCCACCCAUGCCCUCCCCGCCUGCCCGCCCAUUAAGCUAGUGCUGCAUCUCGUCCAUACCCCUGCAGCAGUAGGGAGCCUAAUGCCUGCCCAGUCAUCAGCCACAGUGUGCAACCUUGCCUCUCCCACCACCAGGCUAUUGCUCUUGCACACUUCAUCCUUCUGCUGAUCCUCAAGAACCCACCCAAGGUUACCCUUUCCUCUCCACCACCACCUCCAUCAACAACCCUGCUCUUACUACCCACCUACGCUCCUUCAUGCCCUCUGAUCCUGAUCCAUUGAUCAACACCUCAUGCGAGGGAUAGGCCCGCACACAUUCCGCCCACACCAACAGUCUACCACAGCCAUGAUCGUCAGUGAGUGCUUAGACAUAAUGAUGGUAAAAGCACUUGGCACUGAAUCAGCGGCCGUGAAAAUUGAACCUGUGAUGCCAAAUGCAUAGAAAAAGAGAAAGAAAAAAAAUAUUUACAUAAAUGAGGAGGUAACCCGCUAGUGCUUUCUGAAAUGUGGACGCUGUGGUCAUCAGUGUUGUAAAAAAAAUACUACUGAUAAUAUAGAUCAAGUAAGGUUUUCAUCAUAUGAAAUUACAUUGUUACCGUAGAUAAGGCAACAUGAAAAGCAAUUAGCUGCAAGAUGUAAAUUUUAAGCUUAGCAAGAAGCUGUCAGUGUGCGUUUAUAAAUAAUGCGAUGCAGUGUUGCAAUUUAGCUCUGCGCAAAGGGAGUGUCCUGUUGCAAAACUAUGUUUUCCUAUGCUGACUCCUUAUCUCGGAUACUUAGUGAGGCAGCAUCUUGCCAAAGCUGGAGGGAAAUGAAAAAUAGAGUGAUAACUUUAUAUAUGUAUAUCUAUAUAUACUUGCCGUAUAUAAUGAAAAGUGCCAAGAGACACAUGGUGUAUACUUCUAUGGUUUUUACUUUAUUUCCGUCAAAUCAAUGACCAAUGCAAAGUAUUUAUGGAGCUUUGCCGGAAAGAAGGACCUUAUCUCAGCUUGCAUUUCUUCCCAGUACAUUGGGUACCCCUGGUAACAUGGCCUUUCCCUGAACAAGAAACUGCAAAGGGAAGCCUUGUGUAGGGGGAGCUACUGCAGGAGAUCUUAUAUACAUAUAUAUAUACAUAUAAUAUAUAUCUAGCCCAUUGGAUCUUCCAGUUUUUAUUUUUUAACUUGAACUAAUUUGUAAACUAUAUUUAAUUUAACGACCUCUACUGAUCAUUCGGAUAUUAGCUGGUUAAAUGAAAAAAAGAAAAAAAAGAAUACACAAAAGAAACAAUGAACUUUUUAAUCAAAUGGCUGUCAUCAUAGAAGCUUUUCAGAUUAACCAAGUUUACUUUGAUAAAUUGUCCAUGGCUACUGAAACCACUGUGGUCAUUACACAGAAGCUAACUAAUGAAAUGAACACUAACAAGCCAGUAACUCGCAGAGAAUUAGACCCUUUAUAUAGGAUGUCACUUUAAUUUCAUCCAGAUUUUCGAGAUUCUGCCAUCAAGCUCUUAAUUCUCUAGGAAAGAAAAUAUAAUUUUAUGUCAAUUGCAAGGAGGUUCAGGGAUGAAAUUUGCAUACUAACCUCCUUGGAGUAUGAAUAAAUCCAAGUAUACAUAGUAAAACAUUAAGAACAGGAUAAAAUUCAGUGACGUUCUACUCAUAUAGGGUAUAAAAAUGAAAUUUAUUUUUUUGUACAUCCAGGGUGGCCCUCGACCACAAGUGUUUGUAUAUAUUGUUGAUGUUGGCCAAUAGCAUUCUUAGUUGUACACCCCUUCCCUGACGCCAUACUUUGUUUGCAAUGCCUUGUAACCUAAACAUCUGAUAAAGUGUAUAAUUUUGCAACAUAAGAAAAUAUUAGAUUUGAUACGUUCAUUGGCUAAUACUCAACAAGAAGCAGAUGACAAAAUCUGUAUUGAUUUUUUCUAUCUCCUUUUUUUUUGUCAACAAGUGUGCUGCUCACUGUAAAAAGGAUAAUAUAUAAUUCGUGUAUGAUGUGCUUGUGCGAAUUCCCAAAGUGUACAAUUCCACCUGCUUUAUGUUAUCACGAAAAGCUGACUGUAAUCAAAGCAAUUAUUAUAAUUUCGAAAACAAAAAUUCGCUGAUUAUUGCAGAAACUUCAGUUCAGCCGCUAUUACUGGUGUAUGAAUACAUUCUAUUUUUUUUUCAUUUCAUUAUUCUCUGCAAGAGCUGACUUGACAUGCAUUUUAUUUUAUGAGACUUCAGAAUCCACAUGUGACUGAAAGUUCCCUUUGGUUAUUGGAAGCUCCACUUGUCCAAACAUAUAGACAAGACGCACAUACUUUGCAUCUGCAGGUUAUAUAUUCUUCUUUUAUGUGAUAUUUAAGGAAUUAUGCCAGAUGUGCUUGCAACCGGCUAUUAUUCGCUAUCUACAAACUGUGAUUUACAAGAUGAAGUAAGCAUUUUUUUUCUUAGAUUAAAUAUUAGGCCUUUUUUCUUAUUUUUUUUUAGACUCAUUAAUACGGAAAAGGAAAAAAGAAACUAACAAUUGUUUGGUCAACUAAAUUGUCAGUUGUACAGCAAAUGAAAGAGGGUAAAAAUGCUUUUAAUGUGAGUUGGUUUUAUUUUGCACAAAUAUUUUAUUGUGACAGAGUGGACUGUAUUUUAAUUGUUAUACAUCUAUAUAUAUAAACUUAUGCAAUUAUACAAGUUGGUUACGCUGUUUGUUA